CUUAAAGGUUAUAUGACAAUUAUAUUCUUGUUUGUAUCCGUAUGUUCAUCUAUUUUGGAUGAUAGUGAAUACAAUUAUAUCUGUGAUACUAAUGGUUGCAAUACACCCACAAAUAAUUAUAAUAAUGAUAUUUCUUCUAUAAAGUUUUGUUCAAGUGAAGAUGUUUUUACUGAUGUUAAUUUCUCAAUAAUAGAAAAUAAAAAUGAAACUUCCAAAUUUCCCGCUGUUGUGCAAAUUAAUCUUAAGCCACCAAAAAAUGCAUGCAAGUAUAUUCUGACUUUAUUAGCAAAUGAAUCAAUCAAUAAAGAAAAAUGUAGAAAUUAUAAAUUUCAUAACUCUAAUGGAAGUGAACAACAUACUAAAAGUACCAUAUGUUUUGUUUCAAAUGACAAACAAUACCAGAAUACUACUGGAAUAUUUAUUCCAUAUAUAUUUACAGCAUGUUAUUCUAUUCAAUUUUAUUUUGGAGAUAUAAAAAUGAUAAAAGAUAAUAAAUUCUUAAAAACCAAUUACAAACGAACAGAAAUCAUAGAACCAAAAGUUGAAUGUACAUAUGAGUAUAAUAUUGUACCUGAUAUAGAAAAUAACAAGCUAGUAUAUUUUAAAAUAUACUUUUCUGUACCUAUGGUUAUAGCUGGAAUGAUAAAGUUAGGAACAGUGGCUAAUUCACAUGGAAGUGAAACAUGUUUCAUUAAUAAUGAAGACUUUUCAUAUGGUACCUGGAAUUUUGAUAUUUUGAACAACUAUUUAGAUGGUGAACAUCAUAAUCUGAAUACAACUUUAUUAACAAAUGAUAUAUAUAAAAAUGAUAUAAAAUUUGAAGCUGAGAGUUUGCAAGAGGUAAAUUAUUGUAUUUCAAUAUCUUUUUAUGAUACAAGAUGCAUAAGACGUACAUUAUGGAAACCACUUCAUGAUUGUAUUUGGUACCAAAGUUGUCAAAAUAUUACUCCUUACAAUUUUGCAAUUCCAGCUAAUACUAAUCCUGACACAGUUUCUUACCUAUACUUACCAAUUAUUAUUAUUACAUUAACUAUAUUUGCAAUUACUGGAAUUAUAUAUCUUAUUUACCUCAUAUGUAUUUGUAAUGUACAAGGGAAAAACUUUUAUAUAAAUAUUUUCAAUGGUAAUAUUAUUGAAACUAAUGAAGUUAAAUAUAAAAAAUCAAAUAUUCAUACUUUAAAAGACAUUACGAAAAAAGUAAAUAUAAAUACCGACAUCAUAUUGCUAUAUCCUAAAGGCCCUGAAUCAUUUAUGGCAUUAAUGGCAGAUUUUCGCGGAAUACUUAGUCGAGUUUGCCAGUGUGUUGUACAUGAUUGGUAUGAUGGGAUAGAAUGGAAUUAUGUGGCUGAGAUUGGUGCGUUUGAUUGGUUUGCGGAAAUGCUUCAUAAAGAAUGCCGCGUUGUUUGGAUAGAUACUCCAAUAAUGCGUUCGUUAAUUAGACAAAAAUUUAACAAAAAUGAUUUUCUUAAAAAUUCGGAGCAAUAUAGUUUCAUAAAAAUUGGCGAUUUUCGUGAUGUAGUAUUUCCCACCGUAUUUAGUUUAUCUAAACGUAAUAUUGAACAAUCGUCAUUGUAUCAACCUAAACAUUUUAUUGUACGAUUAAAAGGCUUUGAAAAUUUUGAAAAUGACAAUGAUCCAUUUGUCCACUUAUCUUCCUAUAUGCGGUACUUUAUACCUCAGGAUUUAAAUUUGCUGUGUUCCCAUUUAUCAACAUUGGACUCAAAUGCAAUUGUACCAUUUACAAAUCAGGAGGAAAAUCUUAUAAAGCAGAAUUUACAUUAUGUAAAAUCAGAGUUUUAUAAAUAA